GCACAGUGAAGGAGAGAGAGCUGCUCACAGCUUCAGUCUCCUCUCACACACACACACGCACACGUACAUAUACCCACUCACAUACACGCACAACACACACACAUUCCCACACUUACACUCACAUUCACACACACACAUUCACAUGCAGCACAUUGCUGCGGUGGUUAGUCCGCUGCUGCCGACACCACCGGAGCCGCAUGUGCUGCUGCGCUCGCAGGUGGAUUGUAGGACUGCGGGUGACUGUAACCUUGAUGCCAUCGAUGGGGAGGACCACCAUGUAGAGGCGCGAGCCCUAUCGCAGCAAUGGGAAGCCACGCAUGGAGCGGGUCUGGACUGCAGCCGUGGUGAGCCUGAGCCCCCGCGCCCCCCGCACCUCGCGACCUUCUCAGGACCUGACCACAGGGGCCGUCCGACGCUCACCUGGAUGCUCCCCCAGUCUGUGUUUCAUCGCCCCCCCCUCCGUCCUCCACCCCCUGCUUCUUCUUCUGCUCUGAUGCUAAAUUAGAUGCUCCAAUAAUUGGAUGCUGCCCACUUUUUAAUCUCUCCACAAGUAGCAUUCCCAUUUAUUUGUUUUUUUUUUUUGUCUACUUGAACCCCCUUCGGAGACUGAUUCCACCCCUAUUCGCAAUAAUUGACCCGUCUGGCAUCAUGGGGGACAUGUCCAACAGCGAUUUCUACACCAAGAACCAAAGAAAUGAGGGCGCCAACCACGCGGCAGGCUUCGGCUGCUCGCUCAUGGAGCUGCGCUCGCUCAUGGAGCUGCGCGGGACCGAGGCGGUGGUCAAGCUCCAGGAGGACUACGGCGGCGUCGAGGGACUGUGCAAACGACUGAAAACCUCACCCACGGAAGGACUCACGGGUGCCCAAGGUGACUUGGACAAGAGGAAAGAAGAAUUUGGAAAAAACCUGAUACCUCCAAAGAAGCCAAAAACCUUCCUGCAGCUGGUAUGGGAGGCCCUGCAGGACGUCACCCUCAUCAUCCUGGAGGUGGCCGCCCUCAUCUCGCUCGGCCUCUCCUUCUACCACCCGCCCGGAGAGAGCACCGGAGAGUCUUGUGGCGCGGUGAAGGGCGGCGUGGAGGACGAGGGCGAGGCGGAGGCGGGCUGGAUCGAGGGCGCUGCCAUCCUCCUGUCUGUGGUCUGCGUAGUGCUGGUGACCGCCUUCAACGACUGGUCCAAGGAGAAGCAGUUCCGCGGGCUGCAGAGCCGCAUCGAGCAGGAGCAGAAGUUCCAGGUGGUCCGCGGAAGCCAAGUCAUCCAGCUGCCCGUGUCGGACAUACUGGUGGGCGACAUCGCGCAAAUUAAAUAUGGUGAUUUGCUCCCUGCUGACGGCGUAUUGAUUCAAGGCAACGACCUGAAGAUUGACGAGUCGUCGCUGACCGGAGAGUCUGAUCACGUGAAGAAGGCCGCGGACAAAGACCCCAUGUUGCUGUCUGGGACCCAUGUGAUGGAGGGCUCAGGGCGCAUGGUGGUGACCGCAGUGGGCGUCAACUCUCAGACUGGAAUCAUUUUCACCCUUCUCGGGGCUGGAGUGGAGGAAGAAGAGAAGAAAGAAAAGAAAGGAGGCGCAGUGGAGGACGGACACCAGAACACAGACUGCUCGCAUCCCCCCAUCCACCCCAUCGCCACAAUUGCCACGGAUGGGGCGGCGGGCUUUAACGCCCCAGGAGGUGCCAACCUUAUAAAUGGUAAAAUGCAAGAUGGCAAUAUGGAGAGCAACCAGAUUAAAGUGAAGAAGCAGGAUGGCGCGGCCGCCAUGGAGAUGCAGCCCCUGAAGAGCGCCGAGGGGGGCGAGGAGGAGAAGGAACGGAAGAAAGUGUCCGUUCCCAAGAAGGAGAAGUCGGUGCUGCAAGGGAAGCUCACCAAGCUGGCUGUCCAGAUCGGCAAAGCAGGAUUGCUCAUGUCGGCCAUCACAGUCAUCAUCCUGGUGUUGUACUUUGCCAUCGACGCCUUCGUGGUCCAGAAGCGCCCUUGGCUGCCCGAGUGCACGCCCAUCUACAUCCAGUACUUUGUCAAGUUCUUCAUCAUCGGCGUGACCGUGCUGGUGGUCGCCGUGCCCGAGGGUCUGCCGCUGGCCGUCACCAUCUCUCUGGCCUACUCCGUCAAGAAAAUGAUGAAGGACAACAAUCUUGUGCGUCAUCUGGAUGCGUGCGAGACGAUGGGCAAUGCCACCGCCAUCUGCUCGGACAAGACGGGCACGCUCACCACCAACCGAAUGACGGCCGUGCAGUGCUACGUUGGCGACGUGCACUACAAGGAGAUCCCCGAUCCGGGGGUGCUGCCCCCAAAAUCCCUCGACCUGCUCGUCAAUUCCAUCUCUAUCAACAGCGCCUACACUACAAAGAUACUGCCCCCGGAUAAGGAAGGCGGUCUGCCGAAACAGGUGGGCAACAAGACGGAGUGCGGCCUGCUGGGAUUGGUGUUGGACCUGAAGCGAGAUUACCAGCCAAUCAGGAACCAGAUCCCCGAGGAGAAGCUCUACAAAGUGUACACCUUCAACUCGGUGCGGAAGUCCAUGAGCACCGUCGUCAAACUGCCCGACGGGAGCUUCCGCAUGUACAGCAAGGGAGCGUCUGAGAUUGUCCUAAAAAAAUGCAACCACAUUCUGAGCGAGGUGGGCGAGCCGCGGGUUUUCCGUCCACGGGACAAGGACGAGAUGGUGAAGAAGGUGAUCGAGCCCAUGGCCUGCGACGGCCUGAGGACCAUCUGCGUGGCCUACCGCGAUUUCCCCAGCGAUCCCGAGCCCAACUGGGACGACGAAAGCAACAUCCUCAGCGACCUCACCGCCAUUUGCGUCGUCGGGAUCGAAGACCCCGUCAGGCCAGAGGUGCCGGACGCCAUUCAGAAGUGCCAACGCGCGGGCAUCACCGUGCGCAUGGUGACCGGGGACAACAUAAAUACGGCCAGGGCCAUCGCCAUCAAGUGCGGCAUCAUCCAUCCCGGAGAGGACUUCCUCUGCAUCGACGGCAAGGAGUUCAACAGGAGGAUUCGCAACGAGAAAGGAGAAGUGGAACAGGAGCGGAUUGAUAAGGUUUGGCCCAAACUGCGCGUCCUGGCCAGAUCCUCUCCAACUGACAAACACACGCUGGUUAAAGGCAUUAUUGACAGCACCAUGGUGGAACAGAGGCAGGUGGUGGCGGUGACAGGCGACGGCACCAAUGACGGGCCGGCUCUGAAGAAGGCUGAUGUCGGCUUCGCCAUGGGCAUCGCCGGCACAGACGUGGCCAAGGAGGCGUCCGACAUCAUCCUGACGGACGACAACUUCAGCAGCAUCGUCAAGGCGGUGAUGUGGGGCCGCAACGUCUACGACAGCAUCUCCAAGUUCCUCCAGUUCCAGCUCACGGUCAACGUGGUCGCGGUCAUCGUGGCGUUCACCGGCGCCUGCAUCACGCAGGACUCUCCCCUGAAGGCGGUGCAGAUGCUUUGGGUCAACCUGAUCAUGGACACGUUCGCCUCGCUGGCCCUGGCCACCGAGCCCCCCACCGAGUCGCUGCUCAGGAGGAAACCGUACGGACGCAACAAGCCUCUCAUCUCCAGCACCAUGACCAAGAACAUCCUGGGGCACGGCGUCUAUCAGCUCAUCAUCAUCUUUCUCCUCCUCUUCAUCGGUGAGCAGAUCUUCGAUAUCGACAGCGGCCGCAACGCGCCCCUCCACGCGCCCCCCUCGGAGCACUACACCAUCAUCUUCAACACCUUCGUCAUGAUGCAGCUCUUUAACGAGAUCAACGCGCGCAAGAUACACGGCGAGCGCAACGUCUUCGAGGGGAUCUUUAGGAACCCCAUCUUCUGUUCCAUUGUUUUUGGCACGUUUGCCGUACAGAUCAUAAUUGUGCAGUUUGGAGGGAAGCCAUUCAGCUGCCAACCUCUGGACCUGGAGAAGUGGAUGUGGUGCGUUUUCCUCGGCUUGGGGGAGCUCGUCUGGGGGCAGGUGAUCGCCACAAUACCCAACAACAAACUGCGCUUCCUGCGACGAGCCGGCCAGCUCAGCCAAAAGGACGAACUCCCGGAGGAGGACGUGAACGAGGAGAACGAGGAGAUCGAUCACGCCGAGAGGGAGCUCAGGAGAGGUCAGAUCCUCUGGUUCCGAGGACUCAACCGCAUUCAGACUCAGAUCCGCGUCGUGAACGCAUUCCGCAGCUCCCUCUACGAAGGCCUGGAGAAGCCCGACUCCCGCACCUCCAUCCACAACUUCAUGACACAGCCCGAGUUUAGGAUAGAGGACUCCACGCCCAGCAUCCCGCUCAUCGACGACACGGACGACGACUCGGCUCGCCGGAGGGGGAAGUACUCCAGCCAGCCGUCGUCGCCCAACAAGAACAACAACGCCAUCGACAGCGGCAUCAACCUCACCAUCGACAACAGUAAAUCGGCGGCCUCGUCCAGCCCCGCCAGCCCUUUGCACAGCUUGGAGACCAGCCUCUAACCUCCUGGUUUCGGAACCCUCAAACCGCCCCAAGUAACCGGUACAUAACAAUAUCAAAAAAAAAAAAGAUUAAAAAAAAGCAACGCAGCCAUCUUGCAUCUGUGGUUGUCUCGCUCACGUGGAGGAGCAAACUGUUGACGACGACGAGGAAGACCAAACACUGGAACCUCCCCUCUCGUCAUUAUUAUAUUCUGAUUAUUAAUAUUAUUAUUGUUAAAUUAUUAUUGUCGCUCCUGCAUGAAUGUACAGUGCCCGGGUUUUAUUUAAAACGGCCCCCCCUCCUCCGCCAGCCCAUUUGGAUUCUUUUAUCCUGGACAUAAGGACCGCUCGCUCCUCUUCUUCUUCUUCUUCUUCUCCUUCUGUUUGGCAUGAUCACAUGACAUUUGAUCAUGUGACCGGGUGCCAGGGCUCAACUUGCACAGCAGCUUUGCACCUCAACUCCACCCGCAAAAAGAAAAGAGGAGCGCAAACUAAGAAAAAUGGCAAUUUAUGAGCAUUUACGGGAUUAUAUUCUAUAAAUAUGAACAUAUAAAUAUAUUUACAGUAGAGAGUUUUAUCUUUGUUUGUUGGCAUGUUGCCUUGUUCCUGCUUCGAAUGGCUCGAAAGUACUUUUGACUUAUUUAUGUCUUAAAAGAGAAUGUAAUUUGUUUACAAACCACUUAGAGAUAUACUUUCUGGUUUCUAGAAGAAGGGAUGCUGGAGCUCAGAUGGUGUGUUAUUAUUAUUAUUAUUAUUGUUGAGGAUUAAAACAAAAUGAGAAAAAAAAGAGGGGUGAAAAAAUGAAAAAAAAAUGUGCUGGAAUUUGCCUGCUAUCUUGUGAAAUACUGUAGAUAUUUUUAGAAGAUUAACAAACAAAAAGAAACCAAACUAUAAUGAUAGUAAAUGUGGAAUCUUAGUAUCAUUUUUUUUAAUCGUCGGGAUGGCCUUUGCUAUUUUUUUUCUUUUUUUCCUGGAGAAAAAAAAGGCCUCCACACGGACAGAGGAGAAACAAUUUUUAUCAUUUGGUAACUAUUCUUUUGCUGCUGAUAUAUAUAUAUAUAUAUAUAUAUAUAUAUAUAUAUAUAUAUAUAUAUGGUGUUUUGUUUUUUCCAGUUGAAGAGUUUGUUUUCAAAACGAGACAUAGGCAUUUUUUUUCAGAUUUACGAAACUCGCGCAAAAAUUAUCCAGCUCUGAAUGGAUAAUUUUGACGCGAGUUUCGUAAAUCUGAAAAAAAUGGCUAUGUCUCGUUUUGAAAACAAACUCUUCAGUUAUAAGGUUGAUAUCAGGACCUUCCAAAAAUGAACUGCUUGAGUCACAUUAGCAAAGUAAUACAUCCUGACCUUACAGGAAUCAUUUUAAACAAUGUCAUUGAGAUAUAUUGUGUAUGGUUGUUUUUUUUUUUUUAAUUUAAUUUCAUCUAAUCGAGAUCAAUUUCAAUGCAUUUCCUCUGUCAGAGGACCAACAUCCACACAGCGCUGUAGGCCACUUUGAAACAAAAAGGACUUGUUGCACGUCAUUUUAUUUAUUAGUCCAAGAGUAUAGAAGGUUUAACCAGUACUCAUUACAGUCAUAGUUGCUCUUAAAUAAACUUGUUUUCCAUGUU